AGCGCCGUUUGUUGUGACGCCUGCGCGCUGCCGUGGGCGCAGGCUGGAGCAAUAGAGCGCCGAUAAGAGGGAGGGGGGCUGCACCCAGGGAGGAACGCGGGGCUUCGCCGUGGAGGUGGCAGCGCACCACCACCCCUCCGUGGGGACGAGGGGGCCGUGAGGGAGCUGCGUGGGGUCAUGGCCAGCCCCAUAGCGGAGUCGGAACGGUCCUGCGCGGCCGCGUUUCCCGCCCCCCCUCCCCGGGUCGUGACGGGGUGAGGGACCAAGAUGGCGGCGCCCAGCGCCGGGGAGGCGGGGGGGGGCCGGGGGAGGCCGCCCGCCGUCACCCCCCAGCAGAUCCGCGACCUCAUCGACGGUGGCAUCGCCCCCGAGGGCGCCGGCCCCGACGGGAAGGACACAUCCCACUGGUCAGAAUCAGCUAAUGGAUCUUCUCAAAUGGAUGCUCUCUCCUUGGAGUCUACCAGCAAGGAAGCCUAUUUCAGCAGGGUAGAAACAUUCACUCCGCUGAAGUGGGCGGGCAAACCCCAUGAGCUCUCUCCCCUGGUUUGUGCCAAGUAUGGCUGGAUCAACGUGGAGUGUGACAUGCUGAAGUGCUCCAGCUGCCAGGCCUUCCUCUGCGUGAGCCUGCAGCUCACAUUUGACUUCAACAAGUAUAAGGAGCGCUGCAUGGAGCUGAAGAAAGCCUUGUGCACGGCUCAUGAGAAGUUCUGCUUCUGGCCGGACAGCCCCUGCCCAGAUCGCUUUGCCAUGUUGCUGGUGGAUGAGCCCAGAGCCCUUCUUCAGGAUUUCCUGGACCGCUUUCAGAGCCUGUGUCAGCUGGAGCUGCAGCUGCCCUCCCUCAGACCAGAAGACAUGAAAAACAUGUCCCUGACAGAGGAGAAGAUCAGUCUGCUCCUCCAGCUGAUCGGGGAGGAACUGGAGCACAAAAUGGAGGGAGAGAAAUCGCCGAUGAAGUUUGCCACAGAAAUCCUACAAGUGCACGUUCCUGCCUGCAUCCUGGCUCUGUGCGGCUGGACUUGCAGUGCUGCGUCUGGCUCCGUGCACCUCUCGGUGAUCACCUGCUCCCGCUGCAUGAGGAAGGUGGGACUGUGGGGCUUUCACCAGCUGGAGUCUGCGGGGCCGGAGCUGGACUCCUGCGGCCCGAGCAGUGCUCCGCCGACACCCACCGAGCGCUUCCCACUCGUGCCCGUGUCUCCACGCAGGAUGCUUACGCGGAGCCAAGACACACUCCCUGCAGGUUCCGAGCAGCACGAGAAGAGCCCGUCCCCGGCAAUCUCUCGCCUGCGGGGUUGGGACUCUCCCAUCGCCACGGACCGGAGUGAGUUGGAGGUUGCCAGCCCCACUCUGAGGAGCCGCCCCGUCACCCGCAGCAUGGGGCAGGGGGACAACAUGGAGGUGCCAUCCAGUCCUCUCCGCAGAGCCAAGCGGACACGGCUCUGCUCUUCCAGCAGCUCGGACACUUCUUUGAGGAGCUUCUUUGACCCCAGCUCUCAGCAUCGUGACUGGUGUCCCUGGGUCAAUGCAGUGGAGGGAGGAGAAGUGCUGGAGGAUGCCAUGACCCAGACGGAGAAGGAGCCUGUGAAGGCAGAGCCAGGCUGGCGAGUGGUACUGAACACACUCCUCGCCACCAGAAAGUGCGACAGAGUGCCGGAGAUGGAGCCUGUGAGUCUCUCGGUGAAGUCCAGCAAGGUGUUCCGCAUUUUCCGGCAGUGGGAGAGCAUGAAUUCCUCCUGAAUGGGCUGCUGCCUCUGGGAACUGCUGCCUGACUGGUGGCAUGGGGCAUCGCAUUGAUCUGGCAGAGAUCCACUUUGCAGUCGCUCCCGCGGCAGCUCUGUGCCCCGGGGAGGGGAUGCCGAGGAGGCUCCACGCCAAACGCAGCCCCCAGCGGCUGCUGGGACCCCACUCCUCCCUGACCGCCUUCCUUGAAGCCCCCUGCCUUCGCAAAUUGCUGUUGGAGCCCUUGGCCCCGAGGGCUUCAACAGCCCUGUCUGGAGCCGGGAUGUGCUAUGGGCGUGCGGGGCAAACGAGGAAACGUGGUCACCUCAUGAGGGUGACCAUCUUGUCCAGCUGUGACCCGCCACCAGCAGCGCAGGGAAGUGACGCCAGGUGGGAAUAAACAUUUCACUUUUGUUUUUUUUUCUUACUGCUGGUGCGGUGCUUCUUCCUGAGGUGGGGUGAGCUCUGGACCUAACACACGGCUCCCAUAUUCCUUGGGAUGCUCAUCAUUGUGGGAUCAGUGUCUGGCUGUCUCCCUCGCCUGCUUCCCACUCCUUGUUUCACUGUUUCACCUGCCUGAUGUGGGCUCUUUGCCACAGCCUGAGCCCCCAUACACGCGGAGAUGUCCAUGGCCUUGUACCCCAGUGCCUGCCAGCAUCUGCCCCAGCAAUCAGCUGCCCAAAG